GAACCAAAAGCCCACACAGAAUGGGCCAUGACCCAUGAGUUACUCUCAAACCCUCCCGGACGGAGAAGAAAGGCGACGCGACGGCGCUGGAGCCGGCGGCCGCUCCCAACCCACAGCGUGCCGAGGGGACUAGGUGCAUCAGUGGAGCGCCCACCCUUCCCUGCGUGGCGGGCUUCAGCGCCGAGCUUAUUUUCGGCGCCGUUGCCGUCCUCGCCAAGCAGCUCCGGUUCCGAACCCCGCGCGCGUCCGCCGCCGCUGGGCCUUGCUGCGCGGUGGGGGAGAAGUUCGCUGAUUGUCCGUGCCGUCGCCGUCGCGGGGCUUCGGGGUCGCGCCCUCUGCAGCCGACCUAUUUUGCCAUCAGGCUUUGCACUUGUGGCUGUUUUCAUUCCUAUGAUCCUGUAAAUGAUGCGGGGAAAGCUUUGGGUCAGACUUGCUCCCUUUCUUUCUAAGCGGUAUGUCUCUUCCUCAUCAUCACCAUCAUGCUCGGCAACCCAACCAUGGCUCUUUAUUGGCCUAGGUAACCCUGGUGAGAAGUACCAAUCCACCAGACACAACGUUGGGUUUGAUAUGAUAGAUGCAUUUGCAGAGUCUCAGAACAUAUCCCUGACCAAAAAUCACUUCAAAGCACUAUUUGGUGAAGGGAUGGUUGAUGGCAUCCCUGUUUUGCUUGCCAAGCCUCAAACAUAUAUAAAUCUCAGCGGUGAAUCUGCUGGUGCACUUGCUGCCUAUUAUAAGCUUCCACUCCACCGUGUCGUAGUGGCAUAUGAUGACACAGACCUGCCAUGUGGAGUUCUUCGUUUACAACCUAAAGGCGGAUAUGGACGUCACAAUGGGUUGAAGAGUGUGAUAUACCAUUUUCGCAAGAACCGAGAAUUUGGCCGAUUAAGGGUUGGGAUUGGACGUCCGCCUGGUCAGAUGGAUCCCAAAGCUUUUGUGCUUCAGAAGUUCAACAAGACUGGUCGUGAACGGAUUGAUUCAGCCAUAAAAGAGGGUGCUGACAUCCUGAAGUUGGUGGUCAGCAAGGGUUUGACAGAGGCAGCAAGAGUGGCGAACGUGGAUCAGAAGUACAAGCAUCUGGUAUCACAUGACCAGCAGCUGUUGUAAAGGUGACUACGAACCGCUCCUCUAGAUAAAUGGUCAUGCAUGCUGUGCUCUUCCAGUAUUAUCUAGACGGCGGAAUUGACUCUACUUGAGUACGAGGUGGCACCAAUUUAUUUAUUUCAUUUUAUGGCGUAUCAAUAUUUCUUCUAGUAUUUCAUCGGUUAUGUUGAGCAAUAUAGCUAACAUGUAUGCAUGUAUGUCCAAUGGUACACGCUUGACUAUUCAGAUGUUGUGACCUGA